UCUCUCAAACUCUCUCUCUCUCCGCCGUUCACGUUUUCUCUCAAUUCUUUCCCAGAGAGAUAGAAACAGAGCCCACCGGAGAUUCUGAGUCACGUCCUCAAUCACCGUUACUGUGAAAAUAAAACAAAUAAAAAAUUCAAAAUUUUCAUUUUCUUGGGAAUAAAGAGUAGGAUUAUUUUAGUGGUGGGGUUUUCGAGGCAAGAGAGAUACAAAAAAGAUGAGUUUUAAGGAUUUAGAGGCGGGAAGAAAAACUUCAUUAGCUUCUUUAAUGAGCUUCAAAGGUGGUGUUGGUGGUGGUCGACAAGAUACGACUCAAGCUGUUGCUGCAGGUGUCUUUAAGAUCAAUACAUGUGUUUCUACGUUCCAUCGUCUUGUCAACACUCUUGGUACUCCUAAAGACACCCCUGAGCUUCGCGACAAGCUGCGCAAGACGAUAUUACAUAUCGGACAGCUUGUGAAAGAUACGUCGACUAAACUUAAAGAAGUUAGUGAAACUGAUCAGCAGAGAGGUGUUGAUCAAAGGAAGAAGAUUGUGGAAGUUGCAAAAGACUUUCAAGCUGUAUUGAAUGAGUUUCAAAAGGCUCAGCGUCUAGCUGCUGAAAAAGAAACUGUGUAUGCUCCUCUUGUCCGCAAGCCAUCUCUUUUCGCAAGGUUUACAGCCAGUGAGGCAGAUGUGAAUGCAGAGAAGGAUCUGGAGCAGCAGGCUCUUCUUUUGGAAUCAAAAAGACAAGAACUUUUACUUUUGGACGAUGUGAUUGCGUUUAAUGACGCUAGUAUUGAGGAAAGAGAUCAAAAGAUACAAGCAAUGCCGCAGAAAUUUGGCAAGGUGCACAAAUUCUUCAAAGACGUGGGAGUGUUGGUACACAAAGAAGAAGCCGUGAUUGAUGUGAAUGCACAGAAGGAUCCAGAGCAGCUGGCUCUUCUUUUGGAAUCAAAAAAACGAGAACAUUUACUUUUGGACAAUGUGAUUGCGUAUAAUGAUGCUACUAUUGAGGAAAAAGAGCAAAAGAUACAAGAAAUGCAGCAGGCAAUUGGCGAGGUGGACGAAAUCUUCAAAGACAUGGCAGUGUGGGUACACGAUGAAGAAGCCAUGAUUGAUGAGACUAAUACUGACAUCGAUAACUAUCUCGCUAGAGCCUCCAAGACUCAACGAUCAUAUUCUUCACUGGCUUGCUUGCUCUUGGUAGUUUUUGGUAUCGUGCUCCUGAUUGUCAUUGUAGUGCUCGCGGUUUGAUUAUCUAAUUGGGAAUGAGUUAUUCAAACGAUAAAAAUCUUAUUAUAUAAAGUCUGGUUUCAAAAGAUCGCGACAUGUGUCAAAAUCUUAUUAUGUUGU